AACACCAGCAAAUAUAGACGUCAAAUUCAGCCAUUAAGAGAGCCAAACAGUCACUUUUUGUGACCUGGGCUGUCAGAGCUUCACUGCACGCGGAAGGGAUGGUGCGUUUAAUGUUAAUAGGGAAAGUAAAAAACCGGACCCAAAAGAGAAUCAACUGAGUGGGAAAUUUGCUCUGACAUCCUUCGAUGCUUUGAUGUUCCCUCGUGUCAGGUGUGUUGGAAACUCUGAGAAGUCCUCUGGGAAAUUAAUAAUGUUUUGAAGCCACACAUGGUGCCAAUUAGGCUAACAGCGCCCCCACGAUGGGUCGGAUAACGCAGUAAAACCAAAAGUAGGGUUGUUGUGUAAUUCAUAUAUAUAAUAUAUGACACACAAUACACAGUUAAGACAGUUAUAUAUUAUUUAUGUCGGAUAAACUUUCUUUUUUUAUUUAAAAUGCGCUCGCUUCUUUGAAAAGUUCAAAUGAGCGACGGACUUGAACGCAGCAGUUGCGUUUGUACUCGGAACUUUUUUUUUUUUUUUAAAUACAGAUUUAUAGUUUGUCAGAACUCUGCCAAAAGAAAAAAAACGCGCGUAAACCCUUGUUUUUUCCACCAAUGGCGCUCAACAAAUCCGUUUGAGAGAUGGCAGGCAUGGCUCCGUUUUGACGAAGCUGAAAAAAGUCCGCGGGGAAGUUCCCUUUAGGAAAUCCCCGACACUGAAAUACCAAAAUCUCCGACAGAAUUUACCCUCUCAGAGUAUUUCUGAACACCAGCGAGCACGGCCAGAAGGUGUCAAAUGCUGGAUUCUUAGAGCGACUUCAACCCCGUCUGUCAAACCGAACCGAGCCAGGACAUGGAUAACCCCAGCGUUAAAGCAGAUAUCGACGUGGCCAGGGAGAAGACGCGGAGCUUCAGCGUGCUGAAUACGCUUUACCACGAGAAGCGCCAGGAAAUCGAGCUUCUCCACAAGCAAAUCAACGUCAAGGACAACAUCAUCGCAGAUUUAAAAGCCCGGCUAGGGCGGUACGAGAGGAUCUACAUGACGGUGGGGGAUAACGAGCCCGUGCUCGUCGGUCCGUCCAACUCUUUGGUGGAAAGUUUAGUGAAAGAAAUCAUCAAAGUGAAGCAGAAGAGGAAAGACACGGACCUGAAGGCAGCGCGACAGGCUGAGGAGAUCCAGAGGCUGAACACGUUACUCAGGGAAAAAGAGCUGGAGCUGGAAAGAGUCCGGUGUCAGCCGGACCACGAAAAGGACCAGGAGAUCCAAAGGCUCCAGACGGCCCUGUCAGAAAAGGAGCAGACCGAAGCCACCAGAUCCGUUCUCUGCACGUCCCUGGCCGAGGAGGCCGACCAGCUCCGUGGCCAGCUAGGGGCUACUGUGAAGGUGUGCCAGGAGCUGCUGGGCAGGCUGGAAGAGAAAAGGGGAGCAAGAGGAGUGAUGGAGGAGAUCCCCCAGCAACAAAAAGUGAAAGAGCCAUCGGACUUGUCGGACUCUACUUCAAUUAAAUCUCAAAUUCGUCAACUACAGGAAGAGAAUCAACAGCUAAAGCAACGUGUGGAAUAUGUGCAGGGCCUGAACUCUCAGUGGCAGAAGUACGACUCCAGCAGAGAGGACUACAUCCGUGGUUUGUGUCAGAGGCUGAAGGAGAGCAGCGGGCAGGGGUUCGUGCCGCUCGUGGGCCCCGUCAGCUCAGGCCUACUUCAGCAGGAGAUUUCUCGCCUCAACACCUUACUGGAGGAGAAGAUACGGGAGUGCACCCGGCUGGAGAGGGAGGUUGAGGAGGUCGGGAGACAAAACCAGGAGAGGGUCCAAACGCUGGAGCAGCAGGUUCUCAUCUAUGCCGAAGACUUUAAGUCAGAGCGUGCUGACAGAGAGAGAGCACAAGGUCAAAUCGAAGAUCUAAAGGAGCAGAUCUCCCAGUUGAAACAGCAGCUACACAAGCAGCAAGGUGCAAACAGAGAGAGCAGAGACGUGGUUCCCUUGUGUCGCGUCCACAUAGGACACCGGAUCUCGUCCAAGCGGAGUAAGGACUCUCCGGAGCCUCUGUUGAGGAGCUCUGCCGAGAGGCAGCAGGCACCAGCGGCUGCUGCGGCGAAGCCGAGCUCGGCCUGGAUGAGCCCGGGCCUGUCGGAGCUGCAGUGCCCGCAGUGCCUCGCCAGGUUCAACGACACAGACGCUGCGGAGUACCUGAACCAUUGUGAAGAGUGCGCUCGACUAUAAACGCGACAUGGUCAAGAACGCUUUCUGACCCCUUUUGAACACUGAAAAGCUGCACUACAAUGCAAAAAAAGAAAUCAUUCAGGAUGGGGAUUCCAAUUCAGAGACAUUUGACUGUAAAGGAACCAACGAAAUCAGUCAGCUUCCUUCAAAGAGUUUUUAUUUUUAAUGAUGUAAAACCAAAAUGCACCCCCAGUUUUUCUUGAGAAGUCUGUACAUUUGAUUUGGGUGAGUGCAUGGAAACCCCACGUCGUUUUCUGAGAGUUCUCUCGGUGAGCUGCAAGAAUUUAUUGCAGUAGGAGGAGAUUUGUCAAUGCAAUAUCCAAUCCAAUGAUAUAUAUACCUCAAUAUGUCCAAUUACAUUUACAAAACAUUGCACUUUCUUGACAUUUAGCCCAAAAACCAAACAUUGGAUUGUAAGAUUUAGGGAAAGGAUGUAUAAGCUUCUCUUUAUUAUUAUUAUUAUUUUUUAAUCUAGACACCUAAUUGUUUAUGUGGUGCUAUUUUAUUCUAUUCUCUUUUUAAUUGAACAUUUUCUGUUUAAAUAAUUACAUAAAAAUUUAUUUUUUUAAUGACAAGUGUAACUAAAUUGGUAUUUAUUCUGUUUGGAAGACGGGAAUCCUUUAAGUGCAAUCUUUUGCCUUUUUUAAUCCCAUCAAAGCCCUAUAUAUUCAAAAACUGUAAAAAUAUGUACAGAUUUUAUUCAAACUGACAACAGUCCUAUAUUUUAAGAUGUGCAUUAUUUUUGUAAUAAAAAACAGAAAACUUUUUCUAA